AGUUAUAAGAAGUUUAUUACGCCUGCCGGGUGUGAUUAGUGAGAAAUUAAUAUUUUUUGUGUGACGUAGCUGUUAGACAAUAAAAUUGAAAAAUGGAUGUAGUCGGCAGCGAAAUAGGCCAGAAAAUGCGGUCUGCAAUCAAGGCCAAACUUACAGAGUUGGGAUGUUAUGUUGGUAAGUAUAAAUAUAAUAUUCGGUAGGUUAUAUGUAAUGUUGGAAAGUAAUUUGACAACAUACAAUUUAUUAUUGUAUGAAAAUUUAAAUAUGAGUAUCACUAAGAACAAGAUCAGUGCAGUUAUCUAAAGAAAUCCAGCACCAUUUAAUGCUGGUUACACAUAAACCAAAUAAGAGAAGUGAAGGGUUCCCUCCACCAAACCAAGUCGACCAUUUGGCAAAACCAAGUAAAUGCAUGCAGAGAUGCUUUGCUCGGCCAUACACAUCAACAUCAACUAGAGGAAUGUACAUACGAGGGGUGUUCCAUGUAUUCUCUUUCUCUCUCUCUCUCUCUCUCUAUAUAUAUAUAUAUAUAUAUAAUAUGUUGGAAAGUUUUUUCAAUAUAGCCUCUCAUGACAUCAAUACUUUAUUGCUUUUUAUUCCCUUGAAAAUAUAUUUUUCGUCUUGGCCUGAAAAAUGCUCAUUUACAACGGAUUUGAGCUCAUUUUUAUCAGCAAAUCGCUUUCUGCGAACAUCUUUUUUUAAGUUUGGGAAUAAAAAAUAGUCAGUAGAGGCUAGAUGUGAGUUGUAUGGUGGGUGGUUAAUUUCCUCAAACCUGCAAGCCAUGUGAACCAGUGCAUUGUCAUGAUGAAGCAGCACUCCCUUGGUCAGCUUUCCUCUUCUCUUUUCUUUUAUUGCUUCUCUCAAACAAAGUGCCUCAGUAUUUGUCAGAGUUGAUGGUUUCACCUUUUUUCGUGUUCUCGAUCAAUAAUAUUCCUUUGGAAUCUCCAAACACCGAUGCCGAUGGAGUGACUUUGAACUUCUUGGGGGGGUCUGAUCCCUUUUUAAGCCAUAGUAUAGACUCCUGUUAACUCUCAGGGUCAUAGUGGUGAACCCAUGUUUCAUCUCCUGUAACUAUCCGAUUGAAAAUGCUUGUUGGGUCGUCACCACAGAGCUCUAAAACUCCCUACAACAUUCCACAUAUGCCAGUAUUACCUACUUGAAUUUUUCCAAAUCCGUAGAUUGGUGAAAUAAAUUCCAUAGAUGCUAUUUCAAAAUAUCCAUAGAUCUGCAGACUUCUUAAGAGGAUUAAAAAUUUUUGUUCUGUCACAGAAUACAUCAAUUUUUCUGCUGACUUCCAAAAAGGAGACAGUACUCAAUUCGACUGUAUGUCUUUUUUAUGUGUGUUACCUCAUAACUUUUUACUGGGUGAACAAAUUUCGAUGAUUCUUUUUUUAUUUGAAAGCUGGUACUUCUCAUGUAGUCCCAUAUGAAUUUGAUCAAGGUCAGACCAAUAGUUUUUGAGUUAUUCUUAAUAACUUAUAUUGAAGUCAGCAGUACAAAAUUUUUAAUUUUAAAUUAUUGGAGAAAUUCUUCUUGUCUUGUAAAAUUCUUGUUAUAAGUUAAAUUGUAUAUGUAUAACAUUGAAUUAAGCUGCACAUAUAAGAAAAAAGUACCAUGAAAAAUGGAUUAAUAAUGAAUUGUUUACUUUUAAUUAAAUUAUUUUUAGUAAAAAUCAAAUAAAAUAAUUAACACUUAAAUACCUUGUACACUUAAUAUAAUAUUUGUGGAUAGUUAUGCUAAAAAAAAAUUACUUCAAUUGUUAAAAUUUUCGAUUGUCGGUUGUUGGCAAGUUCACACUCAUGAUAAGAAAUGUUUUUAUGUGUUAAGUUUUUUUAAAUCUUAUUAUUCUGAAAGGACUGUGAAGUACAAAAAAAAUUAACUAACAUAGAAAUCAAAUUCCGUAGAUUUCAACUAAAUUUCGCAAUUCCGUAGAGUGAUAGAUGAUGAAAAAAUUGCGUAGAUCUACAGAAAAAUCCGUAGUUGGCUAUGGCGAGUAUGGUACCAACGCAUAGGUUAGUUAUUUCUGCUAACAUCUUAAUUUUUACUUGUACAUCUUCUAAUACAAGUUUUGCAAUAAUUUUCACAUUUUCUUCUGUAGCUGCUGUGAUUGGCCCACCUGGGGGAUGGGGGGGGGCUACCCCUUUUGGAUUCACUUGACUACUUCUGUAUGGUUGACAUUGAAGAAGCAGAGUCUUGGUAAAUAGCCACCAUUUCCUCAUGGAGGUUUUUUAAGUUUUUCCUUGUUAAGUGAGGAAUUUUUUUUUAAAAACAUUACCUCCACACUAGGAUUUUCUCCUGUAUCGUGGAGGCAGUUUACAAACAUAAAUUGCACAAGGACAAACAUCCAGACCAGGAAUAAUUAUUUGUAGGCCAUACAAAUACUUGUUCCGUGCGGGAUUCGAACCCGCGGUCCCCAGCGCAAAACUCAUUGCUAAGCCACUGCGCCACGGAGCCGUCUAAUUUAAUCACACGAUGUUUCAAUUUUUUUUUCAACGUUGUCGAUUCAAUCGGUGAAAAAAUAUGACUGAAGGUUACAUAAGAAGUAAUGAAAUUAUCAAGACAAAAAUUCAUAUUCAUAGCCUCAGGUAGUAUUGUUAGGCAAUGAUUACCCACAUUAUUAGCAAAUCACCCUAAUACCGAGAAUACAUUGAACUAGACAUGGAACGAGUAGUGAUCCGCCGGCCGAAUACUCGGCUUUAAAAAAACGCGGUAGCGAACGGCGUGUGGUUAUUUCCCUUACACAGAGUUAGAGAUGGAACGAUAUGAGUAAAUACAAGUAAUUACUUGAUACUUUUCUUUCUAUACCAAGUACUUUGGAUAUCGAUACUUUAAAACUUAGUACCAAGUAGUAUCGAAAGAAAAGUACUUGUAUCGGUACUCGAUCAGUCACGUACCCACGGAUACUGUUGAUGAGUAAUUACUGAUUACUUGUCAAAUGAGACAACAUGAGUACAUGUUCGAGAGAUAGUUUUCGUUAUCUGGCGCGAAAAUGACUGCUUAUAGAAAUCGUUUUAUCGGAAAACAUCUAGAAAAAUUAUUGAUCUUCCUCUUUUAAAUUUUAAAUAUUAGUAAUAAUAAUUUCUAUUAUAGAUUCAUAUGUACGUUCUAAAUAUUUCUGCUGCUUCUCAUGUUCCUGAUGUUUUAAUGUGUCUAAUAUAAUAAUAAUGAUAAAAACUGGCUUUUUGUCUUUAUUUUUCUCUGGAAUAUAAUUAAGGCCGAGUACUCGGUACUCGGCCGUUAAUAGUCGGUACUCUGCCGAACCCUAAAAAAAGGCCGAAUCCGCCGAGUACCGAAUCCAACCCGAUUACUCGUCCCAUGUCUACAUUGAUCGCCCCUCGUAUCACGCAUUGUGAAAUAGCCAGAGAGAGCCAUAACCAUGUAGUAAUAAGUAAGAAUAUCUAAUAUAAUAAAAAAUUAUAGGAUAAUUUAAAAAUUUUAAUUUUAAAUUAUCCUUGAGAUAAGAACAAGGAAUAAAAUAAGAAAUAUUAGAGUAUGUACUAACAAAAAUAUUUUAUUUAUUUUUAUCAUAAUUUAGUAGGUUUCCACUAUAUUUGUUUAUUGCUUUUUUAUCCACAACACAAAAAGGAAUUUAUCCCAUAUUUUUGAUGAGUUUCACCUCUAUAUAUUCAUCUAUAUAUUUAUCACAACUUAAUAAAAUCCACCACUGAAAAUAGGCCUCCAUCAUUUCAAAUAAUUGGUUGGCAACCACAGUUUAUUCAUUAUUUUAUAUUGUUACCAAUUUUUUUUGUUUGCGUACAAUGUAUGUUUAAACACAACAGUCAAACAACUGACCUAGCAGGUGGGGAGAAGUACUAGAUAUAAUAAGAAGAAGCUACAAAAACUCAAAAGAAAGAUAAACCUUCCGGUUGAAAUGGAAUCAGUAAUUUAUUUAUUUUCGAAAACAAAUAUCACCUUUUACCAAUUCUGACUUAUUUAUUUAAUGAAGUACUGCAGAGCAAGAUAAUACCUGAUCAGUGGACAACAUAAACCAUAAUACUGCUACACAAGAAAGGGGAUAGAAAUAAUUUAAAUAACUAUAAACCUAUUAGCCUAAUGUCAUAUAUCUACAAAGUUUUCGCCAAGCUAAUUCUUAAUAGAAUAUCCAAGACACUAGAUAAAAAUCAACUGAGAGAACAAGUGGGAUUUAGAAGCGGUUUCUCGACAUUAGACCAUAUACACGUGGUGAAACAACUAUUCAUAUUUAAUAUAACCUACUGCGGUUUUGUAGAUUACAGUAAGGCCUUGGACUUGCUUGAACAUGAAGAGAUCUGGCAAGUGCUUAAACAUCAAGGUAUCG